AUGGCAGCGGGCGAACGGACGGAGGAGCCGCUGGCGGAGCUCAGCCACUACGUGGUGGCACGGCCCAUUUACAGCGAGGCGGGCUUCCAGGAGGAGAACGAGCGGCGGCCGCCGCUGCCGCCCACGCUCCGCGAGCGACACUUGUUUUCUUGCAGAUGUUCAAGGAAAAGGGCAUUUCAGGUUGCCAAAUCCUUUCUGCCCAUCCUGGAGUGGCUGCCCAACUAUCGGGUGAAAGAGUGGCUGGUCAGCGAUAUCAUCUCUGGGGUCAGCACUGGCCUUGUAGCCACCUUGCAAGGUUUGGCAUAUGCUUUGCUGGUUGCAGUUCCUGUUGGAUAUGGUCUCUAUUCUGCCUUUUUUCCCAUCUUGACCUACUUUUUCCUGGGAACAUCAAGGCACAUCUCAGUUGGACCAUUCCCUGUAGUCAGUUUGAUGGUGGGAUCUGUUGUAUUGAGCAUGGCCCCAGAUGAUAAUUUUCUCAUAGAUGGCAGUAAUGCUACAGGGACUAAUGGUACUGGGACACUGAUAGACACUGAAUCCAGAGAUGCACAGAGAGUGCUAAUUGCUAGUACCCUCACAUUUCUGGUUGGAAUUUUGCAGGUAAUAUUUGGAGCCCUUCAGAUUGGUUUCAUUGUGAGGUACCUUGCAGAUCCAUUAGUUGGGGGAUUCACAACUGCAGCUGCUUUUCAAGUGCUUGUGUCACAACUGAAAAUAGUCCUAAAUGUUUCAACUAAAAACUAUAAUGGUGUCCUUUCUAUAAUAUAUACUCUUGUUGAAACGUUUGAAAAAAUUGGUUCCACCAACAUUGCAGAUCUUAUUGCUGGACUCCUCACCAUUUUUGUCUGUGUGGUAAUUAAAGAAAUAAAUGAUCGAUUCAGACACAAGAUACCUAUUCCCAUACCAAUAGAAGUUAUUGUGACAAUAGUAGCUGCUGGCAUUUCAUAUGCUGCUGACUUGGAAAAAAAAUACAAUGCAGGCAUUGUUAAAAGCAUUCCAAGAGGAUUUUUGCCUCCUGAACCUCCAGAUGUCAGCAUGUUUUCCCAGAUGAUAGCAGCUUCCUUUUCCAUUGCUAUAGUUGCUUAUGCUAUUGCAGUAUCUGUGGGAAAAGUAUAUGCAACCAAGUACAACUAUGCUAUUGAUGGAAACCAGGAAUUUAUUGCCUUUGGGGUCAGCAACAUUUUUUCAGGUGUCUUUUCUUGUUUUGUUGCAACUACUGCUCUUUCAAGGACUGCAGUCCAAGAAAGUACUGGUGGAAAGACUCAGGUUGCUGGUAUAAUCUCAGCUGGGAUUGUUUUGAUUUCCAUUGUUGCCUUGGGGAAAUUGCUAGAGCCCUUACAAAAGUCUGUGUUGGCAGCUGUAGUCAUAGCUAACUUGAAAGGGAUGUUCAUGCAAGUGUUUGACGUUCCCCGUUUGUGGAGACAGAACAAAGUAGAUGCUAUGAUCUGGGUUUUUACCUGUGUAGCAUCCAUCAUUCUGGGACUUGAUUUGGGAUUACUUGCUGGCCUUUUAUUUGGAUUGCUGACAGUUGUGCUGAGAGUUCAGUUUCCUUCAUGGGGUGGCUUUGGAAAUAUUCCUGGCACAGACAUCUACAAGAAGAUCAAGGACUACCAAAAUGUUAUAGAACCAGAAGGUGUGAAGAUUCUCAAGUUUUCAAGUCCAAUUUUUUAUGCUAACAUUGAUGGACUAAAAAGCAGCCUCAAAUCCACAGUGGGAUUUGAUGCAGUCAAGGUAUAUAAUAAGAGGCUCAAAGCACUGAGGAAGAUACAAAAGCUAAUCAAGAAGGGAAAAUUAAAAGCUACGAAGAAUGGUAUCAUCAGUGAGCCUGGUAUUAAUAAUGAAGUUUUUGAGACUGAUGAGGAACCUGAAGAUAAUGAAUUGCCCACCAAAGAAGUAGAGAUCCAAGUGGACUGGAAUUCAGAACUACCAUUCAAAGUAAACAUACCCAAGGUGCCCAUCCACAGUCUCAUUCUUGAUUUUGGAGCAGUAACCUUCUUGGAUAUUGUAGCUGUGAGAUCAAUAAAAACGAUAAUCAGAGAGUUUGAGAGAAUUGAUGUGAGAGUAUACUUUGCUUCAUAUCAAGACAACCUUAUAUCUCAACUGGAACAGAGUGCCUUCUUUGAUGAUACUGUCAGAAAAGAUAUAUUCUUCUUGACUGUCCAUGAUGCUGUGCUCUACAUAAGGAAUCAAAUGACAUACAAGGACAACCAGGACCCCAUAUUUGAGAAGAUUUCACUCAUGCAGGAUUCUAAAGAACCCAUCGAAUUCACAGAAACAAACCAUCCUGAUGAUGAAUUUGAUGUUCAGGAAGAGGCUAUGCGCAGACUUGCUUCAUGA